AUGUCUGUCGCAACACGAACACCGCCAACGGCGAUGCCCCCAGUGCCAAACCGGGAGGACCUUGAUGCAACAUGGAAGUACCUCGAGGCCGGCGUCUCCAAGAUCAUGAGCAACCUCCAGGAGGGUAUGGAUAUGAACACAUACAUGGGAGUCUACACAGCUGUUCACAACUUCUGCACGUCACAAAAGGCCGUCAGUAAUAGUAAUCAUGGUGUUAUUGGAGGCGCCCACCGUGGAGCACACCUUCUUGGAGAAGAUCUCUACGCAAACCUUAUCACUUACCUCAACGGAUACCUACGGGAACUCGUUGCCCAAUCGAAGACCCACGCUGACGAAGCUCUCCUCAGCUUUUAUAUUCGAGAAUGGGACCGCUAUACAACUGCUGCGAAAUACAUUAACCAUUUGUUCCGAUACCUCAAUCGACAUUGGGUAAAGCGGGAGAUGGACGAGGGGAAGAAGAACAUCUACGAUGUCUACACACUGCACCUGGUUCAAUGGCGAUUGACUCUCUUCAGCGAGGUUCACGAGAAGGUUAUGGAAGCCGUCUUGAAGAUGGUGGAGAAGCAACGUCAUGGCGAGACCAUCGAACACAGCCAGAUCAAGAGCAUCGUGGACUCGUUUGUCUCACUUGGCUUAGAUGAGGCAGAUCCUACCAAGUCUACCCUCGAUGUCUACCGAUUCAACUUUGAGAGACCGUUCUUAGAUGCUACGAAGGCCUUCUACCAAGCCGAAUCGAAGCAAUUCGUUGCAGAGAACAGCAUCGUUGAGUAUAUGAAGAAGGCCGAGAUCCGAUUGCAGGAGGAGGAAGAGCGUGUCAACAUGUACCUCCAUGCAGACAUUAUCAUACCUCUGAAGAAAUGCUGCAAUACUGCGCUUAUCGCCGACCACUCCGCCAUCCUUCGAGACGAGUUCCAGGUUCUGUUGGACAACGACCGCCAAGAUGACAUGCAACGAAUGUACAAUCUUCUGUCAAGAAUCCCCGAUGGUCUCGACCCUCUCCGUACCAAAUUCGAGGCCCACGUCCGAAAAGCUGGUUUGGCCGCUGUUGCUAAGGUUGCAGUUGAUGCCGAAAAGUUAGAGCCCAAGGUCUACGUUGAUGCCCUUCUCGAGAUCCACACGCAAUACCAAGGUCUGGUUAAGCAAGCAUUCAAGGAUGAACCGGAAUUUACACGAUCCCUUGACAAUGCAUGCAGAGAGUUUGUCAACAGAAACCAGGUUUGCAAGUCAGGAUCAAACAAGUCGCCCGAGUUGCUUGCCAAGUACACCGAUACCUUACUCAAGAAGAGUGCAAGCGGUGCUGAGGAGAGUGAUCUUGAGAACACCUUGACACAGAUCAUGACUGUUUUCAAGUAUAUCGAGGACAAGGAUGUUUUCCAGAAGUUCUACUCAAGAAUGUUGGCUCGUAGAUUGGUUCACACCAACUCUUCGUCAGAUGAUGCUGAGACCAGCAUGAUCAGCAAAUUGAAGGAGGCCUGCGGCUACGAGUACACCAACAAGCUGCAGCGUAUGUUCCAGGACAUCCAAAUCUCUAAGGAUUUAAACAGCGGUUUCAAGGAAUUUGAGUCCAAGCUGCUUGAGCCAGGAGAUGACAAGCCAGUCGAUGCUAGUUACGCCAUCUUAGGUACCGGCUUCUGGCCUCUGAACCCGCCCAACACCGAUUUCACCCCACCUGCCGAGAUUGCUAAGGCUUACGAGCGCUUCCAAUCCUUCUACGGGCAGAAGCACAGUGGUCGAAAGCUUACUUGGCUGUGGCAACUGUGCAAGGGUGAGGUUCGAGCCAACUACUGCAGAAACACGAAGACCCCGUACACCUUCCAAGUUUCGACAUAUCAAAUGGCUAUCCUACUCCUCUUCAACGAGAAUGACAAGAACAGUUAUGAGGAUAUCGUCAAGGCCACUCAAUUGCAAGCUGAUGUUCUUGACCCAGCCCUUGGUAUCUUUGUCAAGGCCAAGGUUUUGAACAUGACUAAUCUUGAUGGCACGCCCGUUGGGAAGGACGAGGCGGAGAAGCCUGGCACAAACAAGACCUUCUCUCUGAACUAUGACUUCAAGAGCAAGAAGAUCCGUGUCAACUUGAACAUUGCAGUCAAGUCUGAGCAGAAGCAAGAGGUUGACGAUACUCACAAGACCAUUGAGGAGGACAGAAAGCUUCUUAUGCAGUCCGCCAUUGUCCGUAUCAUGAAGGCCAGAAAGAAGAUGAAGCACACCCAGCUCGUCUCCGAGACCAUCAACCAAAUCCGUUCCCGCUUCGUCCCCAAGAUUCCCGAUAUCAAGAAGUGCAUUGACAUCUUGUUAGAGAAGGAGUACUUGGAGCGGCUCGACGAUGAUGAACUUGGUUACCUUGCAUAA